GAGCCGCUGGGGCUGGCCGGUCCCUUGCCCGGCUGUCUUCGGGGGGUCUGGGGAGGUUUAUUUUUACCCUGGUCUCCCGGAGCCGGGGCAAGGGACGGCACGGCACCAGCCCCGGGCCAUGGCAGCCCCGGAGGCGGCGCCCGUGCCUUGGGCGCAGCUCGAGGCCCCCGCGCGCCUCUUGCUGCAGGCGCUGCAGGCGGGGCCCGACGGGGCGCGGCGCGGCCUUGGGGUGCUGCGGGCGUGGGCCGCGCGCCGCGGGGACCCCUUCGACUGGGCCCACGUCCUCGAGGCGCUGUGCCGGGAGGAGCCGGUCGUGGAGGGGCCGGACGGCCGCCUGCAGCUGAAGCCGCUGCUGCUGCAGUUGCCCGGAUUCUGCCGGACAAACCUGCUGACCCUGCUCAUGGCCGUCCACCCCGCGCUGCCCCAGCGCCAGCUCCACGCGCUGCUGCAAAUUGCCCGGCAGGACGCGAGCCCCGCAGCUGUCCCCGACGGCUGGCUCCAGGCCCUCGGCCACUUGAUGCAGAGGGACCUAGGGGCUGCCUCCUCCUCCUCCUCCUCCUCCUCCUCCUCCUCCUCCUCCUCCUCCUCCUCCUCCUCCUCCUCCUCCCCUCCGCCCGCCGUGUCCCCACUGUCUGCGGCCUGCCAGACCCAGCUGCGCAGCCUGUGUAGGCGGCUGGGGCAGGGGGGCAGGGGGCUGAAGGCGCCGCCUCGGACCCCAGACCCGGAGGAGACGCCAGGCGCCGGGCUGGACUCCCAGCAGCCUGCACGCAGGAAGCAGCCGGAGGAGCCGGCCAGCCCUGGCGGGGAGAGGGCUCCCAAGAGGUUUCGAGGUUCGGGGAGCGCGGAGAGAGAAGUCACUCCUGCAGAGCCGAGUCCAGAACCUGGACCCUCCGACUCCCCGGCCGCCAGGAGCCAGCCCCUUGGGGGGCCGGAGCCCGCAGAGGCUGCCCAGAAGCUACAGGACGCCGAGGAGGCCCAGGCAGAGAGUGUGGCGUUGCCCAAAGCACUCCAGGACCAGGUCCCCAGGCUGCAGCAGCUGCUGAAGAGCUUCCAGGAGGGGCUGGAGGGCGCCCCCCCAGCGGAGCUGCAGCUUCUGCAUGAGUGCGGCCCUGCCCAGGUGUCCCUGUUGUGUGCACAGCUCCGGGUCACUCAGCUGCCGGACACCGAGCUACUGCGGCUGUGCACCUGGCUGCUGGCCCUGUCCCCGGGCCUGAGCCUCAGCAACGCCACCGUGCUGGCCAGGAGCCUCUUUCUGGACCGGAUCCUCGCCCUCACUUCCUCAGCUUCUCGCCUGCUCACAACUGCCCUGACCUCCUUCUGUGCCAAGUACCCCCACUCCGUCUGCAGAACCCUCCUCGGCCCUGUGCUCCAGGCCUCAGGACCUGCCCAGACGGAACUGCUGUGCUGCCUGAUGAAGGACCCGGCGCUGGAGCCCGACGCGCAGCUGCUGUUGCUGGACCCGAUUCUGGAGCAGCCCUGGCAGGAGGGGACUUUCCCGGUGCUGCAGGCGCUCCUGGAGCGGCAGGUGGAGAUGACCGCCGAGAAGUUCCGUGCCCUGAUGGAGAGGCUCUGCAAAGAGGGCCCGGCGGCCGCCGCGUCCCUGGCCUACGCCAAGCUCCUGCUCCUGGUGAUGACCAAGUACCAGGCCAGCAUCACCAAGACGCAGAGGCUGGGCCUGGCCACCGCCCUUGAGCCCCACACCACUUUCCUGAGGAAGUCCCUGCAGGCUGCCCUCCGGCGCCUGCCCCCCUGACCCUCCUGCCACCAGCUUCCUGAAGGACACUGGACACUUGGCUGUCACCGCCCGGCCUUCUCGAGGACCGCUGCCCCUCCUCCGGGUAGGGCCUGGGGCUGAGGCUGUUGGAUUUCUAGAGCCUCUUGCGCUGGCCUCCUUCCUGGUCACAAGCCAGGCCCUGCUCACGAGUGACGCUGAGGGGGUCCCUGGAAUCCCCCACUCCGUGUUCUCACUUCUCGCCUGAUGUACAGUGUGGAAUAAAAAGACA